CGCCAAAUUACCGCUAGCUGCAUAUGACCUCUUCCUAAAUCCUCUUUGAAUUUUAUGGUAUUGGAGUGACUUCUGAGGCAGUGUCGAGAAGUGUUACCACAAAGCAAAACAGUGGAGAUCGAUGUUUAACAGAGAGGUGCACAUGGCUUUUCCAUUGAAGUUUACUGUUCUCUUUGUCAUCAAAUUCUGCAUUUUUAGUAUUGUGGAAUGUGCUAACAACAGAAAUAAUGUUAUCAGGCAUUGCAUCGAUAAACAGCCAUGUAUUGGGACUUAUAGAGACAUAUAUAAUGCUUUGGCUUCGGGGGAGAACAGCUAUAACAUUCGAGCAGCAUUGUAUCCAGUAAAGAAGCCUUCUUCUGUACUUGUCUUUGUGAAUGUGUAUGGACCUAAUGGAACACAGAGUCCUAGAUCAAAUGCAGUCAAGUACACUUGGAGUACAAAUUGCCUAUUUGUUGCUUUACCUACAGCUGUCCUGCAGGGCAUGUCUCUUGGCUCAAUAUUAGUGGAUCCUCGCACAGGGCAUCUAGAUAUCACUCUACCAUCCUUUUGCUGUAGAGUUUGUGAGAGCAAUAGAGAAAAGAUGAUUGAGGAUGUUAUAGCUGAGCUCCAAGACUUGGCAGUGAGUCCAGCAAUACCAGAUCCAAGGCUGAACACAGCUGAAUGUGUCAUUAAGGAUCAUGACCCAAGAGAACUGGAUACAGGACACAGUAAUUUGAUAUAUUCAAUGUUAUUCUGCUCUUUUAUAUCUGUCAUGCUACUUGGUCCAUUACUAGCCCAUUUUAUCUUGGAGUUUUUGAAGAAUUAUCCUGAAAAAACCAACAGUUUUUGUUUUUGGAAGGAAAAGCCUAUAGUUCAUGCAGCAGAUUCAACUGUUUUUGUUAUGCUGAUAAUUGAAAUUCCAUUUAUUAUCUACACUUUUGCUAAAAGUUACAAAACAGAGCUUCCUAUGAUAUUUAUAAUAGUAUUUAUAGGAAUAAUCACUACUGAGGGUCCUGUAAUUGUCUUAAUUUUAAAAUGGAAGAAGUAUAACCGAGGUAAACCAGGUAUUAACCAGGACACUAAGGGAGACAGCAGUGGUAACCAGGACACUGAGGGAGGUAGCAGUGGCAACCAGGACACUGAGGGAGGCAGUGGUGGUAGCCAGGAUACUGAAGGAGGCAGCAGUGGUAACCAGGACACUGAGGGAGGCAGCAGUGGUGACCAGGACAUUGAGGGAGGCAGCAGUGUUGACCAGGGAGGCAAUGGGGGUAACCAGGGCCAUCAGGAAGGCAAUGGGGGUAUCCAGGGAACUCAGGGUAGAAACCAAGAUACCAUGAAAAGGAACAAAGGAGUUUUCUGCAGUUCAAUCUAUUACAUAUGGGUAAAUUUACUCCUAUACCAUUUUUCCUGGCUGCUUAUAGGCAUAAUGAUAACCCCAACAUGGGGGUUAACUGUUUUUUUGAUAAUCUUGGUAUUUUUCAUCAGCUCUUUUUCUCUGCUGUGGCAUCUUUUUUUGUGUGCAAGUUCUCAAGCAUUUAUAUUCUCUGGGGUUUGUUUCUUUGGCUUUUGUUGUGCUGCUGUUGUUCCAGUUUUAGCAGGGCACUCAUUUUAUGGAAGGGAAACAGCAGAUGAAAUUAUAAAGGUGGCGCUUUUGUAUAUUAUCACUUGCUUGGUUCCCAAGAUACUAAAAUUUUAUGGAUCACUAACCUCCAACCAAGGUGAACCUCCAAAUCGUGCCUCUUCCACUAUCUCUGCCUCGGGGCGCACCACUAACAAGGAUGAGUCUACUGUGCCAAAUGCUCGAACUACCAAGAAUCCUUUUAUUUCGAGAAAAGCUAACGAUGGGUUUGAGCUCCAAAAACUAGGAACACGAGAAGAAGAGCGAGGACGUUUGCUCACGAACACUUAAGGAUAGACCCCUCGAGCAUUAUCGCCUCCGCUGUUAUUUGGAAAAUGAGUCCUCCUUCCUUAGGAGGUUGAAGACUGAACCCAAGAUAACAACAGAAAUCAAACUCAGGAUAGACUGAACUUUAACCGUACAUACAUAUCUUACAACAAAAGCAGCUUUCUUUCCUCAGCGGACUGCUAGCAAACUUAGCUUAGGUUGACUAUACUGCUAAUGAGAGUAAUUUGAAAGUUAUAAAUUAGGCAAAACGAAGACUUAUGAUUGCUAAAAGCAAAUCUUUAAUGCUGAAUAUAUCAGUUGGUAUAACUUGAGCCUACUGUAAGCUACUUAGGCUAAGAACUUGGUAGGCUAGUUGUUGGUUAUAAACUGUGAAAGUAACGACAUUUUAUACAGCUAUCUAAGUAAGCUGCUAAGUGAUAUAAAAGGUGAACUAUGACAAAUUAUAAC